AUGGGUGAAAUACUCAACUCAAGUGGACCGACGAACCGAACUUGGACUCGGGAGAAGAAAUUCAGCAGUCUGGAGGACAUCGACGUCACCGCGGACGGGAGCCCGAUCCUCCGGAUACUGGUAUCUGUGGUGUACUCGGUAGUUUGCGCCGUGGGCUUAGUGGGCAACUUGUUAGUCUUCCUCCUCAUGAGGUUAAGGCAGGGUCGCAAGAAGUCGAGCAUCAACUUCUUCAUCAUCAAUUUGGCUGUGACCGACUUCCAGUUCGUGUUGACUCUGCCUUUCUGGGCAGUGGACACUGCGCUGGACUUCAGCUGGCCCUUUGGAAACGCCAUGUGCAAAAUCAUCCUGUCGGUGACGGUGAUGAACAUGUACGCCAGCGUGUUCUUCCUCACGGCGAUGAGCGUGAGCCGUUACUGGUCCGUCGCCUCGGCUCUAAAGAACCGAGUCGGCCGGAGGUCGCUUCCUGUGAAAUGGGUGUGCGCGCUGCUCUGGGGGUCUGCGACGGUCGCCACAGCCCCCACCACUAUUUUCUCUGCCGGGAUCGAGGUGGCCGGGGAGAAACUUUGCCUUUUAAAGUUCCCGGACGGACACGACUGGCUCGCCCUUUACCACAUCCAGAAGAUCGUCGUGGCUUUCAUAGUGCCCAUGCUCACCGUGUCCUGCAGCUAUCUGAUGCUCUUGCGCUUCAUCCGACAGAGGAGCAUGCACAACACCCCCAACCCGAAGCGGCGCUCCAGAGUCACCAAAUCCGUCACCGUGGUGGUUCUGUCCUUCUUUCUCUGCUGGAUGCCGAACCAUGCCAUCACGUUUUGGGGCGUCUUGGUCAAAUUUAACGCCGUCAACUGGGACGAGACGUACUACAUGGUGCACACCUACGUGUUCCCCGUCACCGUCUGCCUGGCGCACGCCAACAGCUGUUUGAACCCGGUGCUGUAUUGCCUCAUGCGGCGGGAGUUCAGGAAGAUGCUCAGGGAUGUGUUCUGGAGAAGCCCCGCUGCUGCGGCGACCAGCCAAGCUUACCCGGUGCGCAGCACGCUCUCUGCCACGUUCAAAACCCAGGGAGCCAUACCUCUGCAAGUGUUGGACAACAGCCAGUGCCGGCUCUCCAUAAUAGACCAGAAAGGUUCACCUGGCUUACACAUGAUCCCACACAUCUGA